UGAAUUUCCAAGCUCUCUCCCACUCACUCUUCCUAACACGCCGACUCGACUUGUGACGUGGCCCUCAGCGAGUAGAAUAGGAACGAGAGGAAAAGAAGUGUGUGGAAAGUGGAACGGCAGCAAUCAUGUCGCUGACCAGAGCUAAGAGAGUUGUUUCGUCGGCCUUACGGCAAGGUGCCACGCGACAAAUAACUCGACAAGCAACAAGAUCACUACUAGCACCUACGCUUACUUUAGGAGCUGUCCGAACUUUCCAAAAUACUACCAAAUCUUCUGCCCCGUCACCUUCGGGUCUCAGCGGCCUCGGCACCGUUCCGCCGUCUUAUUUCCAACGCCCCUCACUCCCCGCCAACACCAUCAUCCGCUUCGUACCCCAGCAGACGGCAUGGAUUGUCGAACGCAUGGGCAAGUUCCACCGUAUUCUCGAGCCCGGUCUAGCCAUCCUCGUCCCCUUCCUCGACCGAAUCUCCUAUGUCAAGAGUUUAAAGGAAGUCGCCAUAGAAAUACCUAGCCAGAGUGCCAUCACCGCCGACAACGUGACCUUAGAGCUCGACGGCGUCUUGUUCACCAGGGUUUUCGAUGCAUACAAAGCCAGCUACGGCGUAGAAGACGCUGAAUACGCCAUAUCCCAACUCGCCCAAACAACCAUGCGCAGCGAGAUCGGCCAGCUCACCCUCGACCACGUACUGAAAGAGCGCGCCGCCCUGAACACCAACAUCACCGCCGCCAUCAACGAAGCCGCACAAGCAUGGGGUGUAACCUGCCUCCGAUAUGAAAUCCGAGAUAUCCACGCGCCGGGCGCCGUAGUCGAAGCCAUGCACCGACAAGUGACAGCGGAGCGAUCCAAACGCGCCGAGAUCCUGGAGUCCGAGGGUCAGCGCCAAAGUGCGAUCAACAUAGCCGAAGGAAAGAAGCAGAGCGUGAUCCUCGCUUCGGAGGCUCUUCGCUCCGAAAACAUCAACCGCGCGUCCGGUGAGGCCGAGGCUAUCCUCAUGAAAGCCAAGGCUACGGCUCAGGGUAUUGAUGCCGUAGCUAGGAGUAUCAGCGAGGGUGGGGCGGCGGCUCAGGGUGCGGUGAGCUUGAAUGUCGCGGAGAAAUACGUCGAUGCGUUUGGGAAGCUGGCGCGCGAGAGCACGGCGGUGGUUGUUCCUGGAAAUGUGGGAGAUAUCGGGGGUAUGAUCGCCACGGGACUGAGUGUGUACGGAAAGGUGGGCGAGGCGCAGAGCCGGAGUAUGGCUAAGCAGUUGAUGGAGAAGGGGAGGUCAGAGGAGCCCGCGGAGAAGGAGACCAGUGUCGUCGACUCGAUGGUUAGGGAGUUCGAUAACACGGCUCGUAGAAAGUGAGGAAAUGUGUGACAAAGUGAGAUAGCUCAGUCGGCUAUCGGGAUACUAUGGUAAGGAAGACGUCACGUUAUCCUUUACGAACAUAUGAGGGUGGUAAGGAGGAAUGGGACGGAUGGGGAAUGAGAUGGAAACGAUUGCAUGAAUCCGUAAAAAGGUCACUGUAACACCAAACCCGUAUCUAUCAAAAAGGAGGUUGAGAUUUAUCAUAUCACUCGGCAUGAGGGAAAGAGAAAAGGAGAGAAAAAAACAAUCAAAAAUCGGCUGAGCAUGGCGUCGGCGGGCAUUGCGGUAGAGGCAUUGUCAUCACUGUUGGUAUAAUCAUCCUACUUGGGCCUCAAGUGUCUUAUUGUAUGGAUAUGUAAUUCUAUGGCACUCUUAAAACGACCACGCAACUCAUAAGAACGCAUGAUGGGGUGGGGGUGGAUUGGGGGCACGAGACAUGGGAGUUUAGGUCGUGUCAGAUAGGCGGCAGCUCCCUUGGGAAUGCUAAUAAAAAGUUCGAAGGAUGAAUAUAAGC